CUUCUUCCCUCCCUCUCAUGAUCACUAUUCAACCAUUCAUCACUUGCUUUGACGAUCGUUUAUGCUCGUGCUUUAGGUAAUCAUUCAUCACCUGUUUCGAUGAACUCUCGUGCUCGUACUUCAAGCCGCCUUCCAAAUGUUUUAUUGUAAGUGUGAGGAGCACAAAGAUUUGCUCUGCUCUAAUAUUUGAAGGGGGUAAGGGAAAUACGAUUGUGAGGAUGUGAGAGAGGGGCGUGAGCAAGAGGGAUGGAAAAAAAAACAGACAACACGAUCUAUGUACUUUGUGACUUAAGGAAACAACUAGUUUUCAUUAUUUUUCGAAUUGAGAUGAUUCAAAAUUAGCAUAACUAAAUUUAGAUCAUCACUAUAAAAAUUUCGACAUUCGAGUCAUCCGUACAAAAAUCACGUGUUUAAAAUUUCAGACGUCAAAAUAACACUUCAAACCAAAAUUUAUACUAAUCCAACAUAAUUCGGGGAUAGUUUUGCCAGAAAAUAUUUGAAAUCUCCUUUGAAAAUCACCGAAAAGUUGUUCCUUUUGGUGGAUUUGUUUCCGCCAGAUUUUGAUCCAAUUGUUGUCACUUUUUUAUCGCAAUUCAAAUGUAGAGACUCGAAAACUCUCUCCCAUUCAACACCAUUUCGCCAUUAUCUUCUUGGAGCUUCGUCCUUCCCUCCAGAAGCUAUGGAGUUCACUGAGUCUUACAAGCAGACUGGACCUUGCUGUUUCUCUCCCAACUCCCGUUUCAUUGCUGUGGCCGUCGAUUAUCGUCUCGUUGUUCGCGACACUCUCUCCUUCAAGGUUGUGCACUUGUUUUCCUGUCUGGACAAGAUAAGCUACAUCGAAUGGGCCCUUGAUUCUGAAUACAUUCUUUGUGGUCUAUAUAAAAAACCAAUGAUACAGGCAUGGUCAUUGACACAGCCUGAAUGGACGUGCAAGAUAGAUGAUGGUCCAGCGGGCAUUGCAUAUGCUAGGUGGAGCCCAGACAGCCGUCACAUAUUGACCACAUCAGAUUUUCAACUACGGUUAACAGUCUGGUCUUUGGUAAAUACAGCAUGUGUACAUGUGCAGUGGCCAAAGCAUACUUCCAAGGGAGUUUCAUUUACCAAGGAUGGAAAAUUUGCAGCAGUUUGCACUCGAAAAGAUUGCAAGGAUUACAUUAAUCUCAUUUCUUGUCAUACAUGGGAGAUCAUGGGUGUUUUUGCUGUUGAUACUCUGGAUUUGGCAGAUAUUGAAUGGUCGCCAGAUGAUAGUUCUGUUGUGGUCUGGGACUCGCCUCUUGAAUAUAAGGUUUUAAUUUACUCUCCAGAUGGAAGGUGUCUAUUUAAGUAUCAAGCAUAUGAAAGUGGACUUGGUGUAAAAAGUGUUUCAUGGUCACCUUGUGGACAGUUUUUAGCUGUUGGUAGUUAUGAUCAGAUGUUGAGAGUUUUAAAUCAUCUGACAUGGAAGACUUUUGCUGAGUUUAUUCAUGUAUCUACCGUUCGUGGUCCUAGUUGCACUGCUAUUUUUAAGGAGGUGGAUGAACCAUUGCAGCUUAAUAUGUCGGAAUUAUGUCUCAAUGAUGAAUUUAUCCAAGGGAAUUCUGAAGACUCUACCGAAGGACACUUCAGGGUCAGAUAUGAAGUUACAGAAGUACCUGUUACUUUGCCAUUCCAGAAACCCCUUGCAGACAAACCAAACCCUAAGCAAGGCAUUGGUCUCAUGCUAUGGAGCAAAGACAGCCAAUACAUCUGUACACGCAACGACAGCAUGCCGACUGCUCUUUGGAUUUGGGACAUUCACCAUCUAGAAUUGGCAGCCAUCUUGGUGCAGAAAGAUCCUAUCCGAGCCGCAGCUUGGGACCCGACAUGCACACGCCUUAUUCUCUGCACCAGUAGCCCGCAUUUGUACAUGUGGACCCCCGCAGGUGCUUAUUGCGUAAACGUCCCUCUAUCGGAAUUCGCAAUAACCGACCUGAAAUGGAAUUCAGACGGUAGCUGUCUUCUCCUGAAGGACAAAGAGUCAUUCUGUUGUGCUGCUGUGCCUGUUCUACCAGAAUCCAGUGACUAUAGUUCAGAGGAGUAAUGGUCUUUCCUUCUAAAAUGGUCCUUUCCUUCUAAAAUGGUCAUUUCUUAGCUUUAGAGUCGAAAUGUAGAAAUCAAGAGGUUUUGAUUGAGUAGAGGAUCUCUCCUUUUGGAAUAAUUUAGAUACAGGUUUAUAUCAGAAUUUGGAAGAUGUAAUUAGUAUGAAGAUGAACCCCACAUUUGUUGUAACUGAGAUACAAUUUUAGCUUAGGUUUUGUAGGAUUUCUCAUAUUGGAGUUGUACUAUUAGGGAAGAUUAAGAGUAUUAAAAGUCGAGUAAUGUUGUACCUGUAGAUGUUCAGAAUCAGAACAAUUUAACAUUGUCUCACGGUGUACAUUUUGCUCUAAUUUCUGCAUGUUUGUAAAAUUUUCCCCUUC